AUGUAUCAUUUCAGCAACAUCUACGUUCUCGCCGCCUUUGGCACCAUUGGCGGCGCCCUCUUCGGUUUCGAUGUCUCCUCCAUGAGCGCCUGGAUCGGCACAGAGCAAUACACUGAAUACUUCAACCACCCUGACUCAAAUCUCCAAGGCGGCAUCACCGCAUCGAUGUCUGCUGGCUCAUUUCUCGGCGCAAUCGCAGCUGGAUUCCUCGCAGACCGACUUGGGCGCAAAAUCGCUCUGCAAAUCGCUUGCAUCGUCUUCAUCAUCGGCUGUGCAAUUGUGUGCUCCUCGCAGAACGUUGCUCAGCUCAUUGUGGGACGAGUCAUCAACGGUCUGGCCAUCGGAGUCUGCUCCAGUCAAGUCUGUGUUUACCUCGCUGAGCUGUCCCCAAGCGCCAUUCGAGGCAGGAUCGUCGGAAUCCAGCAGUGGUCCAUCGAAUGGGGCAUCCUCAUCAUGUACCUGAUCUGCUACGGUUGUGCCAGGACUGUCUCUGGACCUGCGGCGUUCAGGAUCGCUUGGGGAGUGCAGGCUAUUCCAGCGAUGACACUCGCUGUGGCACUGUUCUUCUUCCCGGAAUCGCCACGUUGGCUAGCUGGAAGAGAGAGGUGGGAGGAGUGCCUGGACGUACUGGCCAACCUUCAUGGAAAGGGCGACCGAGAGGAUCCGAUCGUACUUGCCGAGUUCGAAGAGGUUCGUGAGGCUCAGAGACUUGCGGCAGAUGCCCAAGGCGUUGGAUUCUUCGAGCUAUUUGGUCCUCGCGUUUGGAAGAGGACCCUCGCUGGUACGAGUGUACAAAUGUGGCAGCAACUCCUUGGCGGCAAUGUGGCCAUGUACUAUGUCGUGUACAUCUUCGAGAUGGCUGGUCUGAGUGGGAAUGCCAAUCUUACUUCCUCCAUCAUACAAUACGUCAUCUUCCUGGCUACGACUGGCGUCAUGCUUCCAAUCAUCGACCGCGUGGGCCGUCGUCAGCUGCUGAUCGGGGGCGCUGUCACUUGCAUGAUCCUCCACUAUGCUACAGCUGCCGUCAUGGCCACAUACGGACGACCGGUUCCAGACGUCGGUGGAAACACCAACCUCCGGCUACUGCUGUCGCCAACCCCAGGCAAGGCUGUCAUCGCUCUGUCUUACAUCUUCACCGGAGUCUACGGCCUAACCUGGGCUCCCACUGGGUGGAUCUACUGCAGUGAGGUGUUCCCGCUCAAGUACCGAGCAAAGGGUGUCGGAUUGUCCGCAGCCACUAACUGGAUCUUCAACUUCGCGUUAGCGUACUUCCUGCCGCCAGCGUUCAAGAACAUCACUUGGAAGACAUACAUCAUCUUUGGCGUUUUCUGCACUGUCAUGACAGUCCACAUCUUCUUCACGUACCCCGAGACUGCCCGCAAAACGCUGGAAGAGAUCGACGUCCUCUUCGACAGCAAUAUUGCUCCUUGGAGAUCGACCAAAGCGCAAGUGGGGACGCUUGAGGAUCGUGCGCAGAAGAUCGAAAGGGAUGGAAGCCUGCACGAGGAUAUCAAGGAGAAGGAUGGAGACGUCAGACAGGAGGAGGUUGUUUAA